UUUUAAACAAUAUGUCAAACCUUAACAACCACUCUCCUGCUAAUGCUUACGCCACCAAUGAAUUUACUCCCGAUCCAUAUGCUACUGCGGACAAUUCCAUUGUAACCGAUGCCAGGGUUGUUGAUAGCACACCUGUUGCUAUCACUUCAAAUCCUCCUCAAGUCACUGACUUUCCUCCCGCUCCUCCUGGUCCCAAUAACUAUGUUGCUGAUACAUAUGUUGCUCCCGAUACUCCCUUAGUCCAUGAAGCAAAAGCCAUUGAUACCACGCCUGUAUCUAGUUUUGCAAACCCCCCAGUAGCCGAGGUAAGAGAAUUUAAGCAGUCCGAGCCUAUCGUAUCUGUACCAAAAACCGAGAAUGCCCCCCCUCAACAAAACACUGUUCACCAAGAACAGCCUCACAGCAAUACUACCCCUUUGGUCCCUUCUGAGGAUGACGAUAAUAACAUCCCAGCCGUUAUCUUUGAAACAAUUUCCUCUAAACUCAAUCCCAUAGCCCAAAAGUUCGGCAAGGGAGUAGGCCAGCUGAGACAGUACGCUGAAGAAAAGUUUGGGACCGCCGAAGGAAUUACUGAACUUCCUCAAGAAUAUAGGGAUCUAGAGAAGCGCGUGGAUACACUUGCCCAACUUCAUCACAAUUUUCUCAAAGUGGCCAAGACAUAUAACACUCCUGCUUAUGACUAUCCUGUGCAACUCCAAGAGUCUCUUUUAGGCUUUACCAGUACUGUAUCUAACCAAAUCCAACAACUAUCAAAAUCAGUCUCCGAUCGUGCACAGACUGAUGCACCAAAUGUUCCAACAGUAACUAAACCUGAUCAUCCCAAAACUUUAUCUCAUGCACUCUCCCGUGUUGCUUUAAAUGGGUCUGAUCAAUUUGGUAGAGAUGAGCCUUUAGGUAUUGCUCUUGGAAAAUUUGGUGUUGCUUCUGAAAAGCUAGGCAAUGCUAGAUUGACCAUGGAUCAUGAAAUUGUUGCAAAGUUUAAUACGCCAAUGCAAGUCACCCUCAAGACGACUAUCGAUGGUACAAUGAAGGCAAGACGUCAGGUACAAGUAAAGCGACUAGCACUAGACGCUUCAAAGACACACUAUAGAGAGUCAAGUCCCGGUAAAUUAGAUGCCGCUCGUCUUGAAGUAGAGCAAGCGGAAGAUGAAUUUGUCGGCGCUGUUGAAGAAGCAACUCAUGCCAUGAAGACUUUAUUGGCAGACCCUGAAACACUUCGCGAUUUAGCUGAUUUUGUUCAAAUCCAAUUGUCUUACUUUAGAGAGGCCCAAGACUUAUUCUCAGGAUUAGCUCCUGAACUCGAACAACUUCGGGUUGAGCAAGAGGUGUUAUAUCGUGGUUCUACAGAUGAGUAAAACCACUGAUAGACCAGUCUGCAAUUGAACUGCUUGUGUUUCUGUAAUUAUAUGAAUAACCUGUAUAAAACUUCAAUAAAAUCAAUGUAUAGCCUUUUUCC